UAUUUCCUCCACUUAACUACAGGAAGUGGCAGAAUAAGCAACGUGAGCUGUAUGUGAGCACGUCUCCUUUUGACCGCUGGCCCUAGCGCACCUCUCCGAAGACGCAGCGUGACAUCGUAUGCAAAAGAGGACCGUCAUGGCCGCUGGCAUCAAUGUCCUCGUCCUCUUUUGUGUUCUGUUUCUAAAUACCGUGCUUUCAACAACAGUGGCACCUACAAAUACUAAAGCACAGGGUAUCAUAUCUUCAACAAUAGUGACACCAGCAAGUGUUAGCAAAAAUGUGGUUCAUCAUCUGAAUCAGCCAUUUCAAACUGCUGUCUGUUUAGGUAUCAUAUCUUCAACAAUAGUGACACCAGCAAGUGUUAGCAAAAAUGAUACCGUGCUUUCAACAACAGUGGCACCUACAAAUACUAAAGCACAGGACUUCACAUCUGCAGUGAGCACACAAUCUACUUCCACGAUUCUUCACAGUCCCACAACAAAUCUGUUAUCCUCAGUGCAGCCUAAUGAAAAGGAAGUGGGAAACAGUUUGACACAAGUGAAUAACACAAGCAACUUGACACAAGCAAAUAACACAUAUCCUGAGAAUAGAAAUGACAUAGAAACAACCAGAAAUCCCCCAACCAGUAGUGAGGCUGACGAUAAGGAAAGUAAACCCAAAGGAAAGGAACCCAACCAUGACCCAAAGAAGGACAACAGCUCAGGAAAAGGACAGCACUCUGAUUAUAACUACCUUUGGCUGUUGUUGAUUUUGGUGGUGAUUGUGGCUGUAAUAAUAUACUGCAAGUUUAAAGGGGUGAAAAUACAUCAUCAUCCAGAAAUGACAGACAAUGGAACUGAGAAUGCGUCGUUCCAAAGAACAGAGAGUAACAAAGAUGGAGUCAUGCUCCUGGGAGUGAAGACAUCAGGUGCUGAGGAGAAUGCUAAAUGAGAGGGAGGAUGAACCGAGAGUCUGAAAAGAAGCGCUGAAACAGGAACAGUGGAAGAUGAAGAUCACAAGCUUCAGUGUCGUCUUUCUGGAAAGACAUGAAGCAGUAGUGACUUGGCACUUGCAAUUAUUAUGAGCAAAAAUGCUGGAGAAGAUUCCUGUAUCGUUAUAAAAGCCCUGACUAAAAUUUUGUUUUUCUCAUUCUUGGCCCUUCUACCUGUCUAUAUUUUGUAUGCUCAACUCAACACUAUAAAAAUAAUUCAGUCUUUUGCUGGAAAUAUAUUUUGUAUUAUAGUUUGAUACAUGAGAAUGUACAGAGAUUUUUUGAUAUUCUCCUCUGAACAUUGAACUGUUCGUUAAAUGUUUGCCCUUUUUUGGAAAGUGUUAAGAUUGUCUGAUACACAGCAACGAUGUAUUUUCAUUACUUCAUGGAAAGCAGAGAUAGUCUGUAGCUUUUGUAGAUUUCAGACUGUCAGAAAAAUCUGCAUGGUUGUAGAUUUAACAUAAAGCAUAGCUAGACAUAUUUUACAGCCAUAGAUAUGCAUUAGAGAUAGAGUUAGUGACUUUUUGAUCAUAACAAAUAUAACAAAUAACUGAUCGCUAGCUAUGUGUUUGCUUUAACUUAAAAACUUUAUUACAAUUCAUCAGGAUAUCAAUAUUGACAUAAAUCAUAAACAGAUCUAGAGAAGAUCUAAAUAAAUCUGUCCAAAGCAUAACAGAUCAAAUGGGUAACAGUGAAAUGUUAGAGCAGCCUAGGUGAUACAUUUCCAUGACGUGAAAAUGUGAAAAUGCCUUAUUAGCUUAUACACACACACACACACACACACACACACACACACAUAUCGGUAAAAUGUUUGGACAUGUAUGUUUUAAUACUAAUAAAGGCAUUUUAAUCAAUGGA